AUGCUGGCACCUGCCUUUGCAGAUUCCAACUCCAGCAUCAUGAAUGUGUCCUAUGCUCACCUCCACUUUGCAGGAGGGUACCUGCCCUCUGACUCCAAGGACUGGAGGACCAUCAUUCCUGCUCUCUUGGUGGCUGUGUGCCUAGUGGGCUUCGUGGGGAAUCUCUGUGUGAUUGGCAUCCUUCUUCACAAUGUUUGGAAAGGAAAGCCAUCCAUGAUCCACUCCCUGAUUCUGAAUCUCAGCCUGGCUGAUCUCUCUCUGCUGCUCUUUUCUGCACCUGUCCGAGCUACAGCAUACUCCAAAGGUGUUUGGGAUCUAGGCUGGUUUGUCUGCAAGUCCUCAGACUGGUUCAUCCACAUGUGCAUGGCAGCCAAGAGCCUAACAAUUGUUGCAGUAGCCAAAGUAUGCUUCAUGUAUGCAAGUAACCCAGCCAAGCAAGUAAGUAUCCAUAACUGCACCAUCUGGUCAGUGCUGGUGACCAUCUGGGUUGUGGCUAGCCUGCUUCCCCUGCCAGAAUGGUUCUUCAGUACCACCAGACAUCUCGCGGGUGUGGAAAUGUGCCUCAUGGACGUGCCAGCUAUGGCCGAAAAGUUCAUGCCAAUGUUUGGUAAGCUCUACCCUCUCCUAGCAUUUUGUCUUCCUUUACUUCUGGCAAGCUUUUACUUCUGGAGAGCUUAUGGGCAAUGUAAAAAACAAGUCACUAAGACUCAAAAUCUUAGAAACCAGAUGCGUUCAAAGCAACUCACAGUGAUGCUGCUGAGCAUUGCCAUCACCUCUGCUCUUCUGUGGCUCCCCGAAUGGAUAGCCUGGCUGUGGGUAUGGCAUCUGAAGGCUGGAGGCCCAACUCCACCACAAGGUUUCAUAGCCCUGUCUCAAGUCCUGAUGUUUUCCAUCUCAUCAGCAAAUCCUCUCAUUUUCCUAGUGAUGUCGGAAGAGUUCAAGGAAGGCUUGAAAGGCAUAUGGAAAUGGAUGAUAACCAAAAAAUCUCCAGUUGCCUCGGAGUUUCAGGGAGCACCAGCUGGUAACUCAGAGGCCCUUCCUGACAAAGUUCCAUCUCCAGAGUCUCAAACAUCCAUUCCAGAGAAAGACGAACCUGGCUCUCCCAACUCCAGCAAAGAGAAAAUUGAAAAAGUGAUUCCCAUCCUCCCUGACGUAGAACAAUUUUGGCACGAGAGGGAUGCUGUUCCGGCAGCACAAGACAAUGACCCUAUCCCCUGGGAACAUGAAGGUCAAGAGACAGAGGGUUGUGAUAAACAGAAUUAA